UCGAUGGCACCUGGUAACACCGCACAAACACUAAAUUAAAGAUUUUAUUUAGAAUUGGCCCAAUUCCCCAAGAUUUCUUAGUUGCAAAUCCUCCAAAAUGGAAUGGUAUGUGGGCACAGAGUGGGAGGACAAGAGCCGUGGACUAUCCAAGAAAGUACUGGACGUCCAGUUUACCGAAAUGGAAAAGCCUACGACCGUCAGCACGGUGGAGUUCAGUGUCAAAAAGAAGUGCGCCAAUUUGGGAGGACGACCCAGCAAGUACUUAAGCAGCGAUGAGUCCUCGAAGUAUCCACAACAACACAUCCUGGAAAUGGGCACCAGUUUCACUGCAGUGGACUGUUACGUGGAGCUACUGCUGCAGCAAUUUGUUCUCGGCGAAACAGCAGCUUGCAGCAUUAAGACCAAAACCGGAGAUACGAUCGAGUUUGAGCUGAAGCUGGAGGGGAUUGUGAAGAACACGCAGGUGGAGAAGCUGGACGCUGCUGAGAUAUACGAGGUGGCACUGCGCCUUAAAGAGAGCGGCGUGGCCACCUACAAAACGUUCCCAAGAUUUUCCUUUGAUUACUUUGUGCGGGCCGCAAAGCUGCUGAUCACCUACAAACCCUUUAACCAACUGACCAAGAAAGCGAAUGGCAUCAACGGUCAGGAGGUGGAGACGCUCUUCAUCCAGAUACAGACCAACAUGGCGGCCUGCCUGCUGCAACAGAAGCGCUACGAGCACGUCAUCUAUCACACGCAGUUCGUGGAGCCGGAGGAGAGUCCCAGCGAGAAAAGCAUCUACCGUCGGGCCCUGGCCUACUACCACCUGAAAGAGUUCGCCAAGGCGCAGGCCACUAUCGAACGGUUACCCAACUACGAGGAAAAGCGAGAGUUCAGCAAGCUACGCGACAACAUCGCGGCCAGCUGGAAGGAUAGUAACGCCCAUUACAAGGAGGUGGUGCAGCGCAUGUUCAGCUAGUUUCCAUUCAUAACAAUUCAAUGUCAGGCUUACCAAUGGUCUUUAUAAAAUAGCUUAUGUUUAAUGUA